GGGUGGAAAAAAGCUCUCCCCUAUUACUCGAUCCUGUGCGUCUUGCUAUAGAGAUAGCCCCAUGGUGCGCUCAUCCGUUUAUUUUUACAUGUUCGAUAUCCGAGGACAACCUCUUUUAUCAUAUCCCCAUGGAGUGUGUCGUUUGCAGUUUUACUACUGGUAGUAGUAUUUUCUCACUACAAGGACGAUAUUUCUCUGUUUAUUUCUAAAUGUGACAAAGAUAAAAUGUGGAAGAUAUCCUCUACUCCAGUUACAGGCGGCUUGCGGUACUAGUCGGAUGGGAGGGUAGCCUAAUCACGGAUAACCUGCCUCUUCAAUUCUCUUCGAGGGAGAGGAGUUUGGUUUGAAAGAUAAGAGUGAUACAAAAAGUUGAAGACAUGGGGAAACCGGUUUGAAGUUCCUCUCACAUUCAAAGUUGUUGGGCCCAAUCCUUAUUGAGGGGUCAGUGGAUUUGACCUGACCUAGCAUAACACCUGAACUGUGACCAUCAUGGCAGAGAGAGCUAGCUUUGGGAUCCCCAAAAGCAACUCACGUCCUGUAGGCUCACUCCCACCAGAGCCGAUCGACAUCAUCCGUACUAAGGCUCGAUCCAGAAGAGUUCGCAUCAAUGUUGGGGGGCUGGUCCACGAGGUCCUAUGGAGGACCCUGGACCGUCUCCCCAGGACCAGGCUGGGUAAACUCAGAGACUGCAAUACCCAUGAAACCUUAAUGGAGAUCUGUGAUGAUUACAGCUUGACUGAUAAUGAAUACUUCUUCGAUAGGCACCCAGGGGCAUUCUCCUCCAUUCUGAACUUUUACAGAACAGGGAAGCUGCACAUGAUGGAGGAGAUGUGCGCCCUGUCCUUCGGCCAGGAGCUCGACUACUGGGGUAUAGAUGAGAUCUACCUGGAAUCCUGCUGCCAGGCCAGGUACCACCAGAAGAAGGAGCAGAUGAAUGAGGAGUUGAGGAGGGAGGCCGAGUCGCUCAGAGAAAAGGACGGGGAGGAGCCGGAAGAAGGCUGCUGUCCAGACAAGAGACAGAAGCUGUGGGACCUCCUCGAGAAGCCUAGCUCUUCUCUUGCUGCUAAGUUCCUGGCCUUUGUCUCCGUCUUCUUCAUCGUUCUAUCAACAAUCUCAUUAUCACUCAAUACCUUGCCAGAGCUACAAGUCGUUGAUGAGUUUGGACAGGUCAAUGACAAUCCCAGCCUAGCGCAUGUUGAAGCUGUGUGCAUCGCCUGGUUCACGAUGGAGUACCUCCUCCGCUUCCUCUCUUCUCCUGACAAGUGGCAGUUCAGCAAAGGCCCAUUGAACGUCAUUGAUUUGCUCGCUAUCCUGCCCUACUAUGUAACUCUCUUCCUGACUGAAUCCAACAAGAGUGUUCUGCAGUUCCAGAAUGUCAGACGAGUGGUCCAGAUAUUCCGUAUCAUGAGAAUCCUAAGAAUUUUAAAACUGGCCAGACAUUCCACUGGACUGCAGUCCCUUGGGUUCACCCUUCGGCGCAGUUACAAUGAACUGGGUCUGUUGAUAUUGUUCUUGGCUAUGGGCAUCAUGAUCUUCUCCAGCCUGGUAUUCUUUGCUGAAAAAGACGAAGAUGCCACCAAAUUCACUAGUAUUCCUGCUUCAUUCUGGUGGGCUACCAUUACCAUGACAACUGUAGGUUAUGGGGACAUUUAUCCACAAACUCUUCUUGGAAAAAUAGUCGGUGGGCUCUGCUGUAUUGCAGGUGUGUUGGUCAUUGCAUUGCCCAUCCCCAUCAUUGUGAACAACUUCUCAGAGUUCUACAGGGAGCAGAAGAGACAGGAGAAAGCCAUCAAGAGGAGAGAGGCCUUGGAGCGGGCCAAAAGGAAUGGCAGUAUUGUGUCUAUGAAUCUGAAGGAUGCGUUCGCUCGCAGUAUGGAGCUGACGGAUGUUAUGGUGGAGAAAGGUGACGAGAAACGGCCAAUGGAUAACCAUCUCUCACCUAGUAGGUGGAGCAGUAGGCAAGGCAUCUCUGAGGUUAGUCCAAAAUCCCAGGCGAGGUAUAAAGAGGUUGCUCAACUGGGAUCUCCAGAUAGGGUCAAUCCUCUAAGAACCAGCCCACAGCACCUGAAUGCCAAGAUAUUGGAGGAGAUGUACAACAAGAUGACGACCACUGCCAACGUUGGCUCGGGAGCUCCACAUGAACAAGGACAGAAGCUUAAGGAGGAAAUGGAAAUGAGGGUGGUGUCUUCUGGACUAAAGCCCCCCCUAAUUAGGGAACGAGCCAGCGGUGACCUCAGGAGCCCAUCCAGCGUGGACAGCUUCGCCAGCUGCACUACAGAGUUCAGUGUGGCAGAAAGCAGUGCCCUCCUCCCUAACGUAGCAGGACGGAAGGCACCUCCUCCCCUCGACCUCAGCCAGAUCAGCUCUAUGGAACCAAAAACCAAAGAGAAAGUUCCGCCGGCUACCAUCAUCAAGGAGGGUCUUUAUGAGUUUGUCUCAAGCAAUCCAGAGAGGGCGUCACAGGGGGAGGAUAAUCAAAGCUUUGACAUGAGCGUCGAAAACAUCCGCAGUUCUCUCAGAGGCAACCCACAGAAGACGAAAGCUCUAAAAGUGAAUUUCAUUGAAUCUCAGGCAGAGAUGCCGUCAACGCCUCCCUGUGCUACUCUGUCUCCACAAGGAUACCAGCCCUCCCCACCCCCAGGCCAGGUCCCGGUGACCAGCCCAUGGGCUCCAGGAGAGUCAGGCCAAGGCGAGGAUGCAGCCAAGGGCUUGGAGGGCGAAGGUCAGCCUUCCAGCUUAAGCCACAGGGGAAAUCACAUGGACAGGGCCGCUGUCUUCAGCCCUUUGUCACCUACAUCAACCAACUGCACAACUCAGGAAGUGGUUGUUGCUGGCAACGGUGAAGGAGAGGCAGGCAACAGCCAAAAGGAAAACCACAUAGUUCUGGAUGGAAAUCUAUCUCCAUCUUGUGAAACAAGCAUGUGACUAGUAUAGGUGGAAGGUCAAGGAAUGAUUGAACAGACUCUCUGUUGUCUGUGAAGAACAAAAAGAUGAAGCACACUAAUGUAUUCAAAAAUAAGUUGUCUGCAUGGCUUGACAAUAAUUUGUUCUGAUAACAUCACUGUUUCUGAAGACCUAUGAGAACUGCUGCUUGCUGCAGACAUUGAACUUUUAACAGUGACUUUUACUAUAAGGCUCCAAUGUGAGCAAAAAAAACAACCUAGUAUGAAUGAGGACAUUUAUGAACAAAUUGUACUUUAUGGUCCUGGACUUUUUACGCAGCUAGCUGUACAUUUCAAGUUUCUUUUUUUAGCUUGCUGAAUAUUUUUUUCUGAAGUGUGGUGGGACAAGGACAUCGACUGAAGAGGGGAAUGUGGAAAGACUUUGGGAUUUUUAUAUAAGGCCUCAUCAUUGGUCGAGCAGUAUCAAUGUCAUGUCAUAUUCUGCACUUGAUAUGGCCUGCGUUAAUUAGCAAAGUUUCAAUUCCAUCUCAUGUUAUUGUAUCUGUUUAGAUUUUGCACCAUUCUCAAUCAAGUCAACCGAGAGACAUACUGUAUAUGGAACAAGCAAGGGCCUCCUAGUUCAGGGAAAUGAGAAAUGAAUCUAAGCAAAAAGAAAACGAAAGUGAAGCAUAUUAUAUAGCAAUUCGUAAACAUCUGCCUAUAUGGAAAUAGACCAAUAAGAAAAAACAGUUUUAAUAAUAGCCUAUACAUGACUAUCUAUGAUUGCUUUUAAAUACUUUAUAUUCUACUAUGUUAUAUUCUGUUCAUGUGAAUGAGCUUAUGUCUCUCAUUUCUAUGUUUAGCAUUGCUGUGGUGCAACCCUGCAUUGAUGGAAUGGGAAAUGGACAAGCCAUAUAAGUACUGGUAUUUACACUAUGACAAAAUUGAUUAGAUAAUGGCAUUAUACUUUAAAACAAAUAUUAUCAUACAGCAGCACUUCAUUCACUUAGAUACGGAUCAUAUCAACUGAAUGGUUAUUCAGGUUCUUCACUAAAAUGGACAUGUAUUAUUGCUAACGUCCAGAUCCAUCAUGAUCCAAGGAAAUCUGUGUUGUUACACUCCUCACUGUAUUUAUGUUGUUGUAAUGCUGCCUUUUGCUUAGAGAAGUGCAGAAAAAAUGUAUUGGAUAUGUACAUGUGCGUAUGCUAGUUGGAACAAAUAAUGUGUAUGUUUGAUGUGUCAAGUUUAAUUUAUAUUGUAUGGGGAUGAUUGUGGUCACAGUAGGUCUAAUACUGCAUGGUUUCCCAAAAUCAGACCAAGGGCCACCCCUGGGUGCACAUUUUAGUUUUCGCCCUAGCAUUACACAGCUGAUUCAAGUACUCAAAGCUCAAUGACAAGUUGAUUAUUUGAAUAAGCUGUGUAGUGCUAGGGCAAAAACCAGGGGGGGGGCCUAGGACUGAUGUUGGGAAACCCUGCAAUACAGUACAGCACUCAGGGAGAAAGUGUAACACUGCCCUCUAAAGACAGAGGAUUUUAAGGCAUUUUAAUUCAUCCAAGAAUUCAUGCAUAUCUCUAAUUGGAAUUUCUGUUGAUAUUGAAGAAAAUCACCUCUUUAUUCAAUUCAUUGAGCAUUUUCAAGUUUUGCAUGGCACAUCUCAACUGUUGCAUCUUUAAUAAAACUAUACUUAUAAAUCUGAACUGAAUCAGGAGGGCCAUCUGCAGACAAUCUGAAUACUACAGUAUAUUCACUAUAUCAAUUACUGUGCUUAUAUUCUAUUUAAAGUAGAUCAUGUUACCAUAUUAUGUUUUGUUUGUUUGCUUGUAUGAUUGAUUCCAUUUUUCUAAGAUAAAAUGGAUCAGGACUGUAAUAUUUCCUGGUAAAUGUAUGAAUUGUGUGCCUUUUCAUAAAUAGACAUUUAUGAGAAGGCGAAAACCUACAUAAUUUGGCUGGUUCAUAAAGAUCUAUAAAGAAUGUAUUUCUAGUAGGGAGAUAUAUGAAGUGAUGAUAUGCAAAUAGCUAUUGUUCUGAGUUAUCAAGUUUUGUAUAACUUGAAAGCUUUGUCAUAUCAUGGCUCACAUCCUCCUUUCAAAGUACCAUUUGUUGUCAGUAAUGUACAGUACAGUAGGCUUAUGUUAGUUCAUGAUUGAGAUGUCAGGGCAACUGGAAAAGUGACUGCACUGACACUCCAUGAUAUAACACCAGCUCAUUCACCAAGACAUCUGUAAAACCUCAAUGUCCAUUUGUACUUUUGGUUGUAAUUAUCUUACAUUCUUUUGUACAGUUAGCUCUAUCCUACUCAUGUCAAUACUGACAACCACAGCGUAAUGUAGGUAACUCUAGGGUCAAUUCCUCACCUGCCUGCUUUGUGUGAUGUUCCCUCCAUAUACCCAAUUUUCUUUAGUUAUUUUAAAGGUAUGUGACCAUAGUCAUCUUAAUUGUAAGUCAACAUAACUUGAUAGUGAAUGAGUAGUAACUUAUUGUUUCCAAUAAGUUGAUUACCAUAUGCAAGACAAAUAAAAAUGUGC